AUGGUGCUUUCCUUCAUUUUGAUCCAGAAUCGACAAGGCAAAACAAGGUUGGCCAAAUGGUAUGCCCCAUACAGUGAUGAGGAGAAGGUCAAGCUGAAAGGCGAGGUCCAUCGUCUCAUCGCUCCACGCGACCAAAAGCACCAGUCCAACUUCGUCGAGUUCCGCAAUAUGUCGAAAAUCGUAUACCGUCGCUACGCAGGUCUCUUCUUCUGUGCCUGUGUUGAUACAAAUGAUAAUGAGCUGGCGUAUCUGGAGGCUAUACAUUUCUUUGUGGAGGUUCUGGAUGCGUUUUUUGGAAACGUCUGUGAAUUGGAUCUGGUGUUCAACUUCUACAAGGUCUAUGCUAUCCUGGAUGAAGUAUUUCUUGCUGGAGAAAUAGAGGAAACAAGUAAAACGGUUGUGCUCACGAGGCUGGCCCAUCUAGACAAGCUUGAGUAA